AUGUCUUCCAACAAAUCCUUAAAUGCACGCUAUUUAUUUUAUUUAGUUAAGUAUCCGUUGUUCACAAAGUCCAUCACAGCAGGAAUAUUAUCUGGGUUGAACGAAAUAAUUGCAUCAGUGUUGGCCAAGGACUACAAAUACACAAGAAUAGCAAAUCAUAGAAUAAAACAUGUUAUCAGUCCAAAGAUUAUAACUAUGAUCAUAUACGGUUCAUUGAUUCUGACUCCAAUAUCACACCAAUUGUAUGCUAUUUUAAACAAAAUUUACAAGGGACCCAAUUUAUCCCCAAUUAUGAAAGUCGCUCAAAUAUUGACCUCGUUGUCUGUGAUUACCCCAACAUUGGCAGCAGUUUUUGUUAGUUGGUUGUCUUUUAUAAAUAACUACGGUUUACCUACAAAAGGCUUUAACAUCGUACAUGAGAUAAAGAAGAUAGGAGUUAUCAUUAAAAACGGAUUGAAGAAAAGUUACUUACCCAUUUUAAAAUCAUCGCUUGUGACUUCAACGUGUACAUUGAUUAUUGCUCAAAAGUUUAUUCAACCAGAAUUGUGGGUUGUUUUCUUCAACCUUGUUUUCUUUGUAUUGGGUACGGUGCAAAAUACGAAGGUGAAGAAGCAACAACAAGAAUUACUUAAGAAGAAGGAUGACUAG